GGCCGCGGGGCUUGCCGGGACUUAUAGUAGUUAGAAGCUGCGUUCACCGGUUGCCGCCUACCCGGUCUGCCGCCGCGCCGCGGUUACCAAGGGGUACAGAAGGUUGUGGUAGGCGCCACCGUGGAGCUGCUCCGAGGUCCCCGGGAGUCUCGCAGGCGCGCCUCCCGCGUUGCCGGGACGCAGCCCCUGCAGACGCCUCGGAGGCGGAAGCGACGACGGAGGCAGGUGAAGAAACACAAAAAAAAGCAAGUCAAGGGGUCUUUCCCAAGGUCAAAGAUCAAGGAGAUGGCCUCUUCAGGAAUAUACAAGCUGGAUAAUGGGAAGUCUUACCUGAACAACUGCUUUCCAGCCAAAAAUCUCCUUCGGAUGCCAGACGAAGGCCGAGGACACUGGUUAGUGGCUCGGAAAUGUAACCUCAAGAAGAAGCCCAAGAGUGUGCUUGAGGCACCCGCUGAAGUUCAGGAAAGCCAGAAGAAAUUUUCUUCUGAGGUCCGGGGAAAGAAAGGGUUUCAACAGGAAAACCAAGCAGACAUUCUUGGACAUGUGCUGGACCGGGCUUUUCUGCUGAAGCACCAUUGUGUGAGGAAGCCAUCAGACCUAAUCAACAUCAAUGUGAACGGACUGAAGUUCUCCAAGGCUAAGGAAAAGGACUUCAAGCAUUUUAAUUCAGUGAUUUACAUCAAUGCCUCAGAAAACCUGCUUCCUCUAGAGGCAUUUCAUACAUUUCCAACCUUAAAGGAACUGGAGCUUGCAUUUAAUGGAAUCAAAACAGUCUGCGUGAAAUACGGAGACUUUAAGUUCUUGGAAUUCCUGGACCUUUCCUUCAACAGCCUGACUGCAGAGGCCAUUUGUGAUCUGGGGAUUCUCCCGCACCUCCGUGUCCUGCUCCUCACAGGCAAUGGGCUCACCUCCCUGCCACCCAAUUUGGCUGUCACAGAACAAGUUUGUCCCCUGCCCUUGCUCAUUACCCAGGAUCCUUGCACUCACAGGGAAGCAUCUGUAACAUCACUGACAAGCAGGAGGUACAUCCUGAGGUUCCCAGCGCUGGAGACGCUGAUGCUAGAUGACAACAGGCUCACCAGCCCCAACUGCUUUGCCAGCCUGGCUGGACUCAGAAGACUGAAGAAAUUAAGCCUGGACCAAAACAGGAUUUUCCGGAUCCCGUACCUACAGCAGUUUCAGCUUCGCGACGGGUCAGGGGACUGGGUUGGAGGCAGGGGGUGUCCCCAGAAAGAGCUCCAUUCCAUGCGACAGCCCAAGUCAUGGAUGUUUGAGGCCUCUGAUGAGCAACCAGAUUAUACUGUACUGCCCAUGAAAAAGGAUGUUGACCGGACAGAGGUUGUGUUCUCAUCUUACCCUGGAUUUUCAACAUCAGAGGCAACCAAGGUAUGUGCACUUCCUCCCAUAUUUGAGAUUCUUCCCGUGAAGUCACUGAAGGCCAGGAACCAGACGCUGGCCCCACCCUUUCCAGAGCUAAGGUACCUUAGCCUGGCCUACAACAAGAUCGCAAAGGAGGAUGCCAUCCUGCCAGUAGCUCUUUUCCCAUCUCUCUGCGAGCUCAUCUUUCAUAAUAACCCUCUGGUGUCCCAUACACGAGGGGUCCCUCCACUGCUGAAAAGCUUCCUCCAGGAGCGGCUGGGGAUCCACUUGGUUCGCAAGAAGAUAGUAAAGGCUAAGCAUCAUAUUUUGAUGCCUCGGAAGGUCUCGAGGAAGGUGAAAACCCAAGUCCCAAAGGUGCCAAAGCAGCCUCUGCUUCUCCAUCAUCUCCCUGUGACGGCAGUCCCAUCUCCCUCAAAGGAGAUCCCAGAGUCUGAGGCAGGGCUGACUAAAGAGCUGUCCACUGCCGGCAGUCCUCUGGAGUCACAGAUACCUGUCGAGGGCGUGGAGGGCCUUUCCCUGUCCCACCGGACCUUCGUGCCCCUACCUCCCAUCUGCUCCGAUUCCACCGUGCACAGUGAAGAGACCAUGUCCCACCAUAGUGACAGACCCGGCCGCCUCAGCCCAGAGCACCUAUCAGACGAGGACACCAAGAGCAUGGAGUCCAUAUUCUUGACCCAGGUGGGUGAGCUGCAUUCCUCCAUCCUCCGGAGGGAUGAUUCAGCCAUAAAGGAGGAAGAGCAAAGACCACCCCACACAGCACCCAGAGAGGUAAAGGGGGCUUGGAGGAAGCCCCCGACUUCCUCCCUCCCCAGCAAGUACCAUGGCUACGAGGAGCUGCUGACAGCCAAGCCUGAUCCAGCCUUUGUUGAGCCAAAGGGAAUCCAGAAGAACACGCAGGCCCUGCAGCGCAUGCUGAAGUGCCCGCUGCUGUGCCACUCCUCCAAGCCCAGGCUGGACACGCUUCAGAAACGCUACGUGCCCAAGAAGAAGCGGGCCCAGAGGAUCUCUGUUCCACCGCCACGGAAGACUCGAACCCAGCUGCUGGAUGACCUCCUCAUUCGCAUGCGGGAUCCCCGGAACAUUACAGAGGCUCCACUAGGAGCUGUCCUGCGCCAGCAGACUGAGCGGCGGCUGGUGAACCAGAAACAAUACCUGGAGGCCAAGCGGCUGCUGAAGGAGUUCCAGGCCCGCUACAGGCAGCUGGUGCACUGCUCACUGCGUACAGUGUUCAGGACUGCAGCGCCACCCCCGGGCCGCCCAGCCCUGAGCGAGGGCCAGCCUAGGUUCGGCCGCUUCCUCGAGUUCAUGGAUGAGUUCUGCCAGGGGCCCACGGCCAGCGACUCGAAAGGCUAAGGGCUGUGCACGGGGCCAUGUGCACUGCCCUGCCUGUGCCUGACACCCUCUCAGGGCUCUGUGCCCUGGAGCACAACUUGGGGCUGGGUGUGCCAGGUGCAGGCCUCAGAUCUUGGCCUGGCCUUGCUUGCUGGCCGCAGAGUGGGGAACUGGUCAGGACCUCCCCUCCCCAGGCUGGGCAGGACCCAGCACCUGGCCAAGCAGCAAUAAAGAACAGGUGCAUAUAGA